GCGAGCGCUGACAAUCCUUGCCCAAUUACGCUCUCCACUCACAUCCAGAGAUUUCAUUGGGCAGGAGGCGCGGGAGGCAGCCGCACGCACAAACCAUGGAAGGGCCCAACAGCAGCAUCAGCAGCAGCAUCAUCAGCAGCGUUGCCUAGUCCACGACCCCGCCCCGGGCAAGCGACAUCGCGUGAGACUCGCACACCGCCGUGUCAAUGGCCAAAGCAGCACGAGCGGAGCGCUGAGGUCGGCCCGAGUUUUACAACUUCACGUCCGAUGCGCAAUUAAAGUAACCACUUCUCUUCUCUCGCACCGCCCCCUCCACCCCACACACACACAACCCAGCGUCUCACUCCCUCUCGAUUUUAUUUCCCCUCUCGUAAUUUAUCGAGUCCUUGCCACCACCACCACCUCCUCGUCGUCGUUCCCUUCACCCCCCCCGCCCCGCCGCUGCAACGCUACCCCCUCCCAACACCCCACCCCCCUUAAUUAUCGGCUGCUAGCUCACUCAAGCACUCCACCUUAAUUGGACCUCCUCGUUCGAGGGGGCGAGCGGUGCGUGAUGAGCCGGGGAGGCGCGACGUCGCAGUGGCCGGGCGCGGUGCCGCGAGCGGCGGCUGCCGCCGCUGUCACCGCCGCACUCGCGGGCGUUUAGCACCGACCAGGGAGGGGGAUGCCGGACAUGGCAGACCGUGUCACCGACACGCGGGCGCUGCCGAGUAGCAAGGCUUCCUCUUCCUUCUUCAGCAUCGCCCGCCUCCUGCCGGACACCGAGGCGAGUCGCCCGGCCAGCCGAGCAUCUCCCGACCCGGACUCACUGUCGUGCCCGAACGAGCCCGAGUCGCCCGUCAUCACCACGACGACCGCGACUAUCGUCAACAACAACAACAACAACCGCGGCAGUGUCAACAACCACGCCGCCAACACCACUGUUAGCAGCAGCAGCGGCAGCAGCGGCAGCGAGGAGGAGAAGACGGACGACGCGGAGCUCGCGGGCUGCGCUGACGACAGAGAAAAGGGAGCAGGGAGCAAGGCAAGCGACGGCGGCGGAGAUGCGAAGGAGGACGCGGACGGAUCGAAGGGUGACAAGCCACCCUUCAGCUACAACGCGCUCAUCAUGAUGGCCAUCCGGCAGAGCCCCGAGAAGCGACUCACGCUGAGCGGCAUCUACGAGUACAUCAUGCACAACUUCCCCUACUACCGGCAGAACAAGCAGGGCUGGCAGAACUCGAUCCGGCACAACCUGAGCCUCAACAAGUGCUUCGUGAAGGUGCCGCGCCACUACGACGACCCUGGCAAGGGCAACUACUGGAUGCUCGACCCGUCGAGCGACGACGUCUUCAUCGGCGGGCGCACGGGCAAACUCCGGCGGCGCUCCGCGGUGUCUCCGCGCGGCAAGCUGCAGCUCGCCUGCCGACGCAACCCCUACCUGGCCACGGCGGGGUUGGCCCUGAGAGCCCCUCCACGCUUCUCAGCGCACGACUUGGCGCUCAUGGACCGCGCGGGGUCGCUUUACUGGUCUGUGUCGCCGCUGCUGCCUCUGCAUUCUCAUUUCGCCGGCUCCAUGCUCGGCUACGGAGGUGCAAGUGGCGGUGGUGGUGGUGCGGGUGGUGGUGGAUGCCCGGGAUAUCCCGCGAGUAACCACGCAGCAGGUCCGUACAGCCCGCUGCAGUUGGUGCAACCUCAGAGCUGCGCGGACGCGGCCGGGCAGACCUUCAACUUGUCCGCGGCGAACGCGCAGGGCCUCUGCCUCGGACGUUUGGGUGGCGGCCAUCAGGAGCUCGUUGAGCACUUGGGUCUGCAGUCAUUCAUGCAGCAGCAGCAGCACCACGGCUCAGCUGCAGCGGCGGCGGCGGCGGCGGCAGCGGCCGUAGCCGCUUGCGGAUCGACACCGGUGGUGCCUUGCGGUGGGAGCCCGAGCGGCUGCUCUCUGCACAGCAGCACCGGCGCGAACGGGCCAGCGGCUUCCCCCGGGUUCAUCCACGUGGGCCCGGGCACCGGCUACCGCCUGGCGGGGCACCUGGGGCUCGGCAGUUCUGCUCUGCAGCAAGGCUUAGCUGCCCACCACCACCACCAUCAUCACCACUCGACUGUCGCGGGGCACAGGCAGGCGCACUCGCCGUCACUCAUGGGCUUCCCUGGUGCCGGACUGCAGUCGGCUUAUUUCGGACACUGAGGAAGAUAUCCCAGCGCGUCCACUCAGCGGUAAUUACCGCUCAAGGCUACAGCGGCAUCGUCAGUGGCGAUCGACUGCCUGGGACACCAUCAUCUUCGCCAACCAGCACUGGCCAGCGUGGAAGGAUGGCGAAACAAUCCGCAGGAACGACACGGCUUGUGGAGGCCUUCAUCGAGCAGAAGAUUGACAGACGGCUGUACAUUGUACGUGCUGUGUGCACUCACAUGGUCGACUUACAUCUUACUGUCGUGCAUUGACAGCCAGCCCAUGCGUUUUUAUAAACACGCACGGACGCUGAAAAUGCAAAACGAUUCCGCGCGUAGCCUCAACAAGACUGUAGGGGCAAGUGCUGUUAGCGAGCACCUAUGAAGAGGCCGGCACGGCACACGAGGGGGUGGAUGGCCAGCAUCACGCCUGGCCGCCUUUGUCUCCCUCGUGGCGAUGUUUACACGCCGCACUAGGUACUCAUCUGAGGCUGAGUCGCCGGGUUCGUAGCGGUGCGUAGCGCAAACCGCUGCACCACCGCUCCCCGCAAAGACGCUCACUCAUGUGCACGCGCGCGCGCACUCCGACACACCGCAGUGACCCGUGGUGUCUGCAAAAGCGCUGCUGCGUGCUGCUGCGUGAUGCUGCUGUGUGUGCUGCUGCGUGCUGCUGCUGCGUGCUGCUGUG